AUGUAUCGCGCCGCGAUCAGAACGACGACGCGCGCUGCCCGGUCCGCGCCGCUGUCGAACCCGAGCCGCCGAUACCUCAGCUCAACUCCGGCCGACAAGCCGAGGACAUGGAAGGGUGCUGCGGUCAGAUGGGGGUUGGCGUUUGGCGCUCUCUACUGGUACAACACAAGUCCUCUUUUUGCGGACGAGCCGUUACCACAAACCAUUGCCUCACCCCCAAAGUUCCGUGAUGCCGAGCUACCCACCGUCGAGUCUGUGAUCGAGCAGAAGCGCAAGGAGGCCGAGGCAAGAGCGGCCAAGGCCGUAGCGGCGCCGCCGACACCGUCAGAAGAGAAGCCGAAGGAGCCCACGCCAGAAGGCAGCGCAGUCGAGGGUGCGGCUGUCAAGGACGAGGAGGCCGCACCAGUCGCGGCUGCGAUGCCGGGAUCCCCCGAGGCUUUGGAGGAAGAGGCCGGUCAGCAGGGCGCUUUCAACCCAGAGACGGGCGAGAUCAACUGGGACUGCCCAUGCCUCGGAGGAAUGGCGGACGGGCCCUGCGGCGAGGAGUUCAAGGCGGCAUUCAGCUGCUUCGUCUACUCGACCGAGGAGCCCAAGGGCAUGGACUGCAUCGAGAAGUUCCAAGGCAUGCAGGACUGUUUCAAAAAGUACCCCGAGGUUUACGGCGCCGAACUAGCUGAUGCGGAAGCGGCAGCUGAGGAUGAUGCCGACGCUCUCCCUCUUCCCGAGAGCUCAAGUGACGCCCCUGUCGCGGAAAAGGCUGGUGAAGUCAAGGACUCACAGCCGGCCUUGGACUUGUCAGUACCUGAGUCCAAGGUUGACGCGAGAGUUGUCCCUGACGUCAAAGAGACUCCCGCAAAGACAACCCCGGAAAGCGACGUGAUUCCCAAAAAGGCCGUCGAUGCAACUGAUGCAAACGAGAAGGCCAAGGAGCACAGAUAUGUGAACCACAACAGCUUGUCUACUGAAGCUUCGUACGCCGACAUAGCGGCCAUGGGCCCAAAGCAGACUCCUGAGGAGGCCGCUGCCCCCCAGCCACCCCAAAUCGAGACGUCGACGAGCGCCUCGACGUCGUCCCUGGUCGACGUGGACGCGCCCUCUGUCCGCACCGUGCCCUCCGACUUUGCCGAGCAGGAAGUGCAGACCGAGACGCAGGCGGAGCGGCUGGAGCGCGAGGCCGAGGCGGCCAAGGAGGCGGCCGAGGCAAAGGCCCGGAGCGCCCGCGACAAGGCCAAGGCCAAGGCGCACCGCGCCGACGACUGGCUCGUCUCGCGCAUCUCGGCCAUGAGCGACGGCGCCGCCUCGGCCCUCGCUGUCGGAAACCUCGCUGCCGUCAUGGGCCUGGGCGCGGUGCUCGGCUACAAGGCCUGGGGUCUGUGGGAGAGGAGGGCUCUCAACUCCAAAGUUGUCGGGUUGGGUGUUGGCUUGAUUGGGCUUCUUGGGCUUGGGGAGAGCAUUUUUGCUAGGGCGUGGUACAAGGCCAAGGGCAAGAAGCAAUAA